CCGGGUUCCGUCCGGAAGCCCGCUGGGACGCUGCCGCUAGUGGACCUACUUGCCAACAGCGCCCACCAGACCCCAGGAACAUCACCCAGGAUGAGGAGCAGGAGCAAUUCUGGGGUCCGCUUGGACGGGUAUGCCCGACUGGUGCAGCAAACCAUCCUGUGUUACCAGAAUCCUGUCACAGGACUGCUGGCCGCCAGCCAUGAGCAGAAGGAUGCCUGGGUACGGGAUAACAUCUACAGCAUCCUGGCCGUGUGGGGCCUGGGCAUGGCCUACCGCAAGAAUGCUGACCGAGAUGAGGACAAAGCCAAAGCCUAUGAGCUUGAACAGAAUGUGGUGAAACUCAUGCGUGGUCUCCUGCAGUGCAUGAUGAGGCAGGUGGAGAAAGUGGAGAAGUUCAAGCACACGCAGAGCACCAAGGACAGUCUCCACGCCAAGUAUAACACUGCCACCUGCAGCACUGUGGUGGGCGACGACCAGUGGGGCCACCUCCAGGUGGAUGCCACCUCACUCUUCCUCUUGUUCCUGGCUCAGAUGACAGCUUCCGGUUUACGGAUUAUUUUUACCCUUGAUGAGGUGGCUUUUAUACAGAAUCUGGUAUUUUACAUAGAAGCUGCAUAUAAAGUUGCAGACUAUGGAAUGUGGGAGCGUGGUGAUAAGACAAAUCAAGGCAUCCCUGAAUUGAAUGCGAGCUCUGUUGGAAUGGCCAAGGCAGCACUUGAGGCAAUCGAUGAGCUGGACCUCUUUGGAGCCCAUGGAGGGCGCAAGUCAGUGAUCCAUGUCCUGCCUGAUGAGGUCGAACACUGCCAGUCGAUUCUGUUCUCCAUGUUGCCCAGAGCAUCCACGUCGAAAGAGAUUGACUCGGGGUUGCUUUCCAUUAUUUCUUUCCCGGCCUUUGCAGUAGAAGAUGUGAACCUCGUGAAUGUGACCAAAAAUGAGAUUAUUUCCAAGCUUCAGGGUCGAUAUGGAUGCUGCCGUUUCCUGCGUGAUGGUUAUAAAACCCCAAGAGAGGACCCAAAUCGACUGCAUUAUGACCCUGCUGAGCUCAAGCUCUUUGAGAACAUUGAGUGUGAAUGGCCUUUGUUCUGGACUUAUUUCAUUAUAGACGGACUCUUCACCGGUGAUGCUGUGCAGAUCCAAGAAUACCAGGAAGCCCUGGAAGGAAUCUUAAUCCGAGGCAAGAACGGUAUUCACCUGGUGCCCGAGCUCUAUGCCAUCCCACCUCACAAGGUAGAUGAAGAGUAUAAGAACCCACACACAGUGGACAGAGUACCCCUGGGAAAGCUGCCUCAUCUGUGGGGCCAGUCCUUGUACAUACUCAGCUCGCUGCUGGCAGAGGGAUUCCUGGCUGUUGGAGAGAUUGAUCCCUUAAAUCGAAGAUUUUCUACUUCUGUCAAACCUGAUGUCGUAGUGCAAGUGACGCUCCUGGCCGAGACUGACCACAUUAAGGAGCUGUUGGAGAGACAUGGGGUCCACGUGCAGAGUAUUGCGGACAUUCACCCUAUCCGUGUUCAACCAGGCCGGAUUCUGAGUCAUCUCUAUGCUAAGCUCGGAAGGAAUAAGACUAUGAAAUUGAGUGGGCGGCCUUAUCGGCACAUUGGUGUCCUUGGAACCUCGAAACUCUACGUCAUCAGGAACCAGAUCUUUACCUUCACCCCUCAGUUCACCGACCAGCACCACUUCUACCUGGCCCUGGACAACGACAUGAUGGUGGAGAUGCUGCGGAUCGAGCUGGCACAUCUGUGCACGUGCUGGCGCAUGACGGGCCGACCCACGCUCACCUUCCCCAUCACACACACCAUGCUCACAAAUGAUGGCUCGGACAUUCAUUCUGCAGUUCUUUCUACAAUUAGAAAGUUAGAGGAUGGCUAUUUUGGAGGAGCUAGAGUGAAACUGGGGAGCCUUUCGGAAUUUCUCACCACGUCGUUCUACACCUACCUGACCUUUUUGGAUCCAGACUGUGAUGAGAAGUUGUUUGAUGAUGGCAGUGAAGGCAACUUCAGUCCUGACAGUGAUUCGGACUUCGGGGGCUAUUUGGAAGAUAUAUAUAAUAAGGGCAAUCAAGAAAGCCAGGACGAACUUGACCAGUAUAUCAACCACCUUCUGCAAAGCACAUCAUUGAAAUGUUAUCUGCCCCCUCUUAGUAAGAAGACAGAAGACAGCCACGUUUUCAGUGCCGUUCACUCCACUCGAGACAUUCUUUCAAUGAUGGCCAAAGCGAAGGGUUUGGAAAUGCCAUUUGUUCCCAUGACUUUGCCAACUAAAGUUCUUAGUGCCCACCGUAAAUCACUGAAUCUCGUUGAUUCUCCUCAGCCUCUGCUUAAAAAGGCUCCAGAAGAUGGUUUCCAGUGGCCUCAAGAUGAUCAUGGUGACUUGGACUGUGAAAAGCUGGUUGAACAACUGAAAGAUUGUUCAAACUUACAGGACCAAGCAGACAUUCUGUACAUUCUGUAUGUUAUCAAGGGCCCCAGCUGGGACACAAAUCUCUCUGGACAGCAUGGGGUCACCGUUUAUAACCUUCUCAGCGAACUGUAUGGGAAAGCAGGUUUGAACCAGGAGUGGGCUUUGAUUCGCUAUAUCUCAGGCCUUCUCAAGAAGAAGGUGGAAGUGUUGGCUGAGGCCUGCACAGACCUACUGUCACACCAGAAGCAACUCACAGUGGGCCUGCCCCCUGAACCUCGUGAGAAAAUCAUAACUGCCCCCUUACCCCCUGAGGAGCUCACGAAACUCAUCUAUGAAGCCAGCGGGCAAGAUAUCAGCAUUGCUGUCCUCACUCAGGAGAUCAUGGUUUACCUGGCCAUGUAUGUCCGGGCUCAGCCUAGCCUGUUCCUGGAGAUGCUCAGACUUCGGAUCGGACUCAUUAUUCAGGUGAUGGCCACCGAGCUGGCACGGAGCCUCAAUUGUUCAGGAGAAGAAGCUUCGGAAAGCUUGAUGAAUCUCAGCCCUUUUGAUAUGAAAAGCCUCCUGCACCAUAUCCUCAGUGGGAAGGAAUUUGGUGUUGAAAGAAGCAUGCGGCCUAUCCACUCGUCCACAUCUAGCCCUGCCAUCUCCAUCCAUGAGGUGGGGCACACUGGUGUCACCAAAACCGAGAGGAGCGGCAUUAGCAGGCUGAGGAGUGAGAUGAAACAGAUGAAUAGACGAUUUAGUGCUGACGAUCAGUUCUUUUCCAUGACCCAGACCCCGCCCACCAGCACGUACACAUCCAAGUUUACGAGGUCCAGCACUCCAUCUUCUCCCACGGGUACCUCAUCCACGGACUCAGGUGGCCACCACCUGGGCUGGGGGGAACGACAGGGCCAGUGGCUGCGGCGGAGAAGGCUGGACGGGGCCAUCAACAGGGUCCCUGUGGGCUUCUACCAGAAAGUGUGGGAGAUCCUGCAGAAGUGCCACGGUCUGUCCAUCGAUGGUUAUGUGCUGCCAUCCUCAACGACACGAGAGAUGACCCCACAAGAGAUCAAGUUUGCUGUGCAUGUAGAGUCAGUGCUGAACCGGGUGCCACAGCCCGAGUACCGGCAGCUGCUGGUGGAGGCCAUUAUGGUACUGACGCUGCUGUCAGACACAGAAAUGGACAGCAUUGGUGGCAUCAUCCACGUGGACCAGAUUGUGCACAUGGCCAACCAGCUCUUCCUGCAGGACCAGAUGUCCAUGGGGGCCACAGAGAGCCUGGAGAAAGAUCAAGCCACGGGCAUCUGCCACUUUUUUUAUGACAGUGCGCCAAGCGGUGCCUAUGGGACAAUGACCUACCUGACCAAGGCAGUGGCCUCCCAUUUGCAGGAACUGCUGCCCAACUCUGGUUGCCACAUGCAGUAGAACCUAGUGCUCAGUCUAUCAUCGGCCCCAGCCACAUCAGGAACUAGGCUGUGUCCCCUGAGCACUCCUGAACACAUCUCAUCAGCAAGAGGUGACAGCUUCAUCUGCCAUGGGGGCCAGGGACUGGGCCACUUCUGGAGCCCCAUGACCACAUUUGGUGUCCAUGGGUGUGUACUGCAAUGCAGAGUGAACCAAGACACCAGCUUAAGUCAGUUCUUCCUGCAUGCUACUGAAAUGGGCUCAGUGAGCUCAUGACACAUCUGAAGGAGGGAAUAAUGCUUCCAGAAACAGUGGCUGGAAGAGCAAGUUUUGACUAGGGACAUCUUAGUCAGAUGCAAUCUGUCUGUGGACCCAUCAGUUGGCCAAAUAAAGCGAGUCUCACUGUGGA